UGAUUUACCAUGGCCAGAAAGUCAGAGUAAGGCCAUUUGUGAGUUUAUCAAAUGUGAUCAGAAUCCAAGGAUAGCAGCAUUUUUCAGAUUUUCUAAAAUACUGCCAUAUCAAGAGGCUAUAAAACUGAAAGUGAGACACCAGAAGACAUUCAGUUUUAAAUCUCGUUAUUCAAAAUUAAACAAGAAUAGUGAAUGAGUUCCUUGCGCUUGAGUCACAUUCAUCAUCACAUUGCCUCAGACAAGAACAGCCAGAGGAUGGCCGAUGGUACUAGCAGCCGACUUACAACCCAUGUACUAAACACAGCUUUGGGGAUUCCAGCCAGUAAUCUGGCAUUAACUGUGUCCAGGCUGGAGGUUGUUGGAAACAAAGAGCACUGGGAACAACUGACUGGCAGGUGUACCAAUUCUGAUGGUCGUUGUCCAGGUCUCCUCACCAACGAUCACUUCAUCGAUGCCACCUACAAGGUACGGUUUGAGACUGGGGACUAUUGGAAGGAACAAGGAAUCACAAGUUUCUAUCCCUAUGUGGAGGUUGUAUUUACCAUUAAGGAUCCAUCUCAGAAAUACCAUAUUCCUCUGCUUCUCAGUCCCUUUUCAUACACUACAUAUAGAGGAAGUAAUCAAAAAAACCGAAAAAAGCAUGAUCGGAGGCUUAGAGGGAGAAGAGCGUCAAGGAUGCCUAAAGGACUAGAGAAUCCUUUGCUUGCAAAUUCACCUCAGAAUUUUUUUUCAGUAAAGACUAUAAAACCAAAUUUGCUUUGUACACGUUUAUUCCUAAAUGCCAUGUUUCUUUAUGGUAAUAGUUCCUGUUGUGUUAUUUUUGAAACAUUACCAUUAAUUUGUUAAAGCAAUUAUCUGGAAAAACUACAGUCCACAUCUCCCUCCUUCCCACUAUAGCUAGAAUACUAUAGAUAACAGUUACAGAUGUACUAGGGAUGUACUUUUAAAUGCAGGGCAUUGUGUUCAAUUGCCAAACUAACUUCCACUCUGGGCAAAGCAUCUUUAUAGUUCUUUAAUUAUUAUGUGAAAAAAAAAUUUAGUAAUGUGGUCAAUAGAGCAAACAGCUGCAGGUGCCAUCUUUCUUAAUGUUACCAGGGAAUUCGACCUUGUACUUUGGGAAAACCCUAUCACUUUUGGACAUGGGCCCUGUGACAGGUUCUUAUACUCUGUCUCAAUGAAAUCAGUUGCAAAGUCAAAACUGGAAACUUCUUCACCAUCCUAAAACAAUUUCUAUUUUGGUGUGCACCAAUGCUCUAUUCUUGGUCCACCUCUGUUUUUUAUUUUUAUUAUUUUUCUUCUUGCUGAUGUUUACAUCUUUAACAUUGUUAUGUACUGUAUGUAGACUAUCUUGCUGUACUUUGCUUCCUUUUCUGCUGAAAGGAAUCCCCAAACUGAUUUUGCUAGGUUAACAGACAGUGGAGCACUUUAAGUCAAUUCUGAAAAAACAAUAUUUUUCUGUUCAGUGCAUGAUCUAUUAGUUUCAAUGAAGUUCCUUCCAAUUGGACUGUAGCUAGCUUUGGUGUUAUUGCCAGUAAAACAGUACAGCAAUAUAAUUACCCAAGUGUCUUUCUGGGUGUAUUUCUGGAGCCUUACCUAAAAAAAUCAUUCCAUCUGUGUUGUCCAUCUUCAUUCUUCUUCAGCUGUUGGGAUUGGAUCAGAACCUCAGAUCCGACUCAGAUGUUACUAAGGUUCAUGACCACCAAAAAGCUGUCAAUCUCCUCUCUUACUCACAAUGCACCAACCCCUAAAAUACCUCAGAUCUUGUUUACUGUUUUACAUAAAGUAGAAACAACCACUAUAAAUUUCCUAAUGGAAUAAACCAUACCUGGAGCUCAACAUUAAGGACAGUGGUGUUCUUACAAUCUCUCGUUCUUCCAGAAAUCCAUUGUGAAAAGGUUGGGGGCUGGUGUGCAGGAAGUUGAUGAAGAAUGAAAAUGGAAAACACAG